UUACUCCUCUAUCUCCUUUAUAUACCUGCGCUUCCGAACCAUGUGAAUCACACUAAGCAUCGAUAGCAUUUCGCACUCAGUUAUCAAUUUACACAGUUCUCAACUACAUCAAACAUGUCGCUGAUUCCAAGUUUCUUUGGCAACCGAAGGAGCAACGUAUACGAUCCUUUCUCUCUCGACGUUUGGGAUCCCUUCAAGGAUUUUCCAUUUCCAAGUUCUGCAAUUUCUGCUUCAUUCCCUCGGGAGAAUUCUGCUUUUGUGAGCACACGAGUUGACUGGAAGGAGACCCCUGAAGCACACGUGUUCAAGGCUGAUCUCCCUGGACUGAAGAAGGAGGAAGUGAAAGUUGAAAUUGAAGAUGACAGAGUUCUUCAGAUAAGCGGAGAGAGGAACAUUGAGAAAGAGGAUAAGAACGAUGAAUGGCAUCGAAUAGAACGUAGUAGUGGAAAGUUCUUGAGGAGAUUUAGAUUGCCUGAGAAUGCUAAAAUGGAUCAAGUGAAAGCUUCCAUGGAGAACGGUGUUCUAACUGUCACUGUUCCUAAGGAAGAGAUCAAGAAGCCUGAUGUUAAGUCCAUUGAGAUCUCUGGUUGAACUCACACACAACAAGCUCUGUUACUCCGUUGUUUCAAUUUGUGUACUUGUUUUGUCUUGACUGAAAUUUGUAAGGCGUGUGUUUUGUGAUUUAUGUGUAAGAGAGAUGUAUGAUGUAAUAUUUUUAAUGUUAAUGUAUAAAUAAAUAUUUACUUGCAGUUUA